UACUAUACUGUCCUUUCUAAUCAAUCCAACCAAAUCAAUACAAAUACAAAAGAAUAUGUUAACUGCAAUUUGAACAAGAAGAAGAAGAAGAUAGAGUGAAAUCAUGAGAGUAAUCAAACCCAGAGAAAUGGGUGGCCGAAGGUCCACAUCAAAACUAUACUCCGGUUGGUUUCUCGUGCUGAUUGUCGGUGGGCUGAUCAUCGUCCUCGCCAUACACAAGAACACUAACAACUCCCAUGUUCCGGUUCCUCCCGGUUUUGUUGACGACGGCGGAAAGUAUGCGGAGGCUCUUAAAGUAGCCAUGAAGUUCUUCGAUGUUCAAAAGUCAGGGAAAUUGUUAAACAAUGAGAUAUCUUGGAGGGGAGAUUCGGGUCUUAAAGACGGUAGCCAAGCCAAUUUAGAUCUUUCAAAAGGAAUGUAUGACGCCGGCGACCAUAUGAAAUUCGGAUUUCCGAUGGCUUUCACUGCGACAGUUCUAUCAUGGGCUAUCCUUGAAUACGGCAACGAGAUGAAAACCCUGAAACAGUUAAAACCCGCUAAAGACUCUCUAAAAUGGAUCACCGACUAUCUCAUCAACGCUCAUCCAACCGACAAUGUGUUAUAUAUUCAAGUGGGUGAUCCAGAAACAGACCAUGGAUGUUGGGACAGACCAGAAAACAUGACGCAAAACAGGCCUCUCAUUCAAAUAAACUCAUCUUUUCCAGGAACAGAGGUGGCUGCAGAGACUGCUGCUGCGAUGGCAUCAGCCUCGUUGGUUUUUAAGGAUGAGGAAUCCGGGUAUUCGAGGACACUUGUGAAGCAUGCGAAACAACUGUUUAAUUUCGCCGACGAGUACAGAGGAUAUUACAGUGAGAGCUUCCCGGAUUUGCAGAAGUAUUAUAACUCGAGCGGUUAUGGAGAUGAGCUGCUUUGGGCGGCUAGUUGGCUUUAUUAUGCAACCGGAGAUGAAUUCUAUUUGGAUUACGUUUGUGGGAAAAAUGGAAAUGAUUUUGCUGAUUGGGGAAUUCCGACAUGGUUUAGUUGGGACGACAAGAGAGCUGCAACUCAGGUAUUGUUAUCGAGGAUAAGCUUUUUUGGAUCGAGAGAGAACUCGAAAAGUGUCAUUAACUACAGGAGAAGUGCUGAGUCGGUUAUGUGCAACAUCCUCCCAACCUCUCCGGCGGCCACCACUAGUAGAACUCACGGUGGUCUUAUAUGGGUCUCCGAAUGGAAUGCGUUGCUGCAUCCAAUCGGUUCUUCAUUUCUAGCUGUGCUUUUCAGUGAUUAUAUGUUCACAGCCCGUGUUACUAAAUUAUCAUGUCACGGUCACACGUUUUCUCCUCAUGAUCUUCGAAAAUUUGCAAUUUCCCAGGCUGAUUAUGUAUUGGGAGAAAAUCCGAUGAAGAUGAGUUAUGUUAUUGGAUAUGGUGAUAAGUACCCUGAAUAUGUUCACCAUAGAGGGGCGUCCAUCCCUUCGGAUGCGACCACUGGGUGCAUGGAUGGGUGGAAGUGGUUUGAGUCGACUGAGCCCAACCCGAAUGUAGCUACAGGGGCCGUGGUUGGUGGUCCGUUCUUAAACGAGACGUAUGAGGAUGUGCGAAACAAUUCAAGGCAGGGAGAGGCAAGUACUUAUAAUAGUGCUCUCUUGGUUGGGCUUCUAUCUGGUUUGGUCAUGACCACUUCCUCAUUGGUUACUACUUCCUUCUAGUUUCACCUUAGUGAAUCGAAAUGCCAUGUUUUCAUUAUCAUCGUUUCUAUGUAUCAUAAUAUAAAUCUAUUAUGUAUCUUCUGAACUAUCUUGGUAUUAAGAGUACUUUUACAGAUAUAACUA